AUUGCGUCAUGGCUUCGCUGUGCCAAUCGGUGCACCUUCUGCCCAGUGCCCCCCUUUCGAGGCCAAAAUUGGGGCCAAAACUCGCCAAAAACAGGAGCACUGGAAAAAACUGAGAAAAUAGUUCAGAUCAUCAUAAUAUGUUAUUUCCACCAGAUAUAGCAAAUUGCGUUCAGGGGAAAUGUACAUCUUUGCGCGCUUCAGCAUAUAGUAAAACCAGAGUAUUAUAAGGUCAGAGUAUUAUAAGGUCUUCUAUGCUGAUGACGAUGUUUUUGAACUAUUUUUCUCGUGUUCCAAGGGUCGAACAGUACAUGAAAAAUGUGCGUUGUUUGUGUUAUACAAAUGUGAAUGUUUUAAAUAGUCGAUCUGCAGAUAUUCCCAGUAUUAAAAAAUGUCUAAAACUACAUACUACAAAUCGUAGAAGUUUCAUGAACUACUCCCGAAGUUGGUUGUGUGUGCAGGUGUCCUUAGGUGCAUACAAUAGCGAAAAUUAUGAAUUGGAAGACAAUAUUAAAAGCAAAGCAUUCAAAGAGCUUUCAGUUAAAGUAACGUCUCUCAGAUUGGACAUUGUUUUGAAAGCAACUCUGCAGAUGUCCAGGAACAAAAUUGAAACUGCGUUUUAUGAAAAUAGAAUAAAAGUGAAUGGCCGCAAAGUGACAAAGAAAAGCGCACAAGUGGCCGAGGGCGACGCGCUGGACGUGGCUGUCGCCGACGGCCGCCAGGGGCAGUUCGAGCGGGUGGCGCGCGUGGAGCUGCUGCAGGUGAGCGAAGAGCCCGAGGGCUUCGCGAUCAAGUUCCUCAAGUAUAGGACACUGGCGGAGGACGCGGCCCCCGACGAACGUCGGCGUUGACACUCAGCGCUCGCCGCUGGUGAGGAGUGAUAUUUACUUCGGCAGUGAACGCAAUUCACAAGGGAACGAUUGAAAAUUAGGCGAUUCGUAAUUACAAUAUCACUAAACAACCUUAUCAAAGACUGCAGAAAUCCUAAAUUAGCAUUGCAACAUAGCAACUUUUGAAGUAAUAAUUAAAAUUUUUAUGGGGCUAUCAAUUAUAUUAUACAAUAUCACCAAACAACCUUAUCAAAUACUUCAGAAGUUCUAAAUUAACAUUGAAAUAUAGCAACUUUCAAAGUAAUAGUUAAAAUUUUUAAGGGGCUAUCAAUUGGCGAAUCGCUGUACCGCAGCUCCAUAACACCGUAGUAGUGGGUAAAUUUUAGUCAAGACGCCCCCUUACUAUAAGAAAAAUAACGCAACAGAACUGAGGUGAAGCGCAUUGUAAAGACCAAAGAGUAAAUAAUAGCUACUAUGAGGUGGAAUCUUGACAAACUACGACAGGAAUAUCAUCAGCUAAAAUUUAUGGCACUGUAAAUUUUACUCACCACUAGUAUUGUAGGGUUAACAAGUUAUAUUUACCAAAAUAAAAC